UUCACGCGCUACCAUUGAAACGAUGACGGAACCAGAAGAAAAUUACGAAACCGUGGAGACGGUGCAGUUCCUCUGCGCCACCACCAAACACGAAACUUCACUCUUGGAAAGUUUGGAAAAGACACUGCAAAUUUCACACGACAAUAAGUCAACAGGAAGUCCCGCCUCCGAGGAGACCGAGAGCAGAGAGGAGGCAGAGCAUAAAGAAGCAGCACAGCAGGACGUUCUGAGUGUGUGUUCACCUGCAGCUGAGACCAAGUGGGAGGCGGGCUCUCAGUGUCUCGCCAUUUACUCAAAGGACGGUCAGGUUUAUCCGGCGACUGUCGUGUGUUUGGACGGAAAUCACUGCAGAGUUCGUUUCACUGGUUACGACAACGAGGAGGACGUUGAACUGAGCACGCUCCAGAGUCCUCCAGUAGCUCCGCCCACUCAGACUUCGCAGGAAUGGCGUCCUGGUUCCCGUUGUCGGGCUGUGUUCUCUGAGGACAGCCUGGUUUAUCCAGCAGUGGUUCUGUGGGUCAAAGGUCAGCAGUGUCGCGUUCGUUUUGACGACUACAACAACGAGGAGGAGCUGGACGUCUGCAGCCUCCUGAGUCCAGACGAGCUGCAUGGACCCAACAGAACCAGCAGCAAGGGAAUCAUGUGGAAGAGGAGAGGGAGGAGAGAGGAACAAAGACACAACGACCAAUCAGAUUACAGCUGA